AUGGCUCGAUCUCCGGACCCUAUCGUCAUAUCAGAUGAUGAAGCCACCGAAUCAUCGGAAUCAGCACAUGAGCCUACUACAGCUACUUCUACAAAAAAGCGCAAAAUAAAGCCGAAAGUCUUGGAUAAGGUUGAAUGGAGUGACGAUGACUCUGAAGUCACCUAUGAGGCAUUCAAGAAGCGCAAAGCGAACCGGAAGUCAUCAUCUGUGAAAGGUAAAGGCAAGGCCACUGCAAAGGGUCAUGCGCGUAAUCCUGCUAGAGCAAAGAAGGAUAAAUCUCGCCAAAAUGAUGACAGUAUAUCAUCUGCAGACUCCGACUUUUCGGAAAAAAUACUUCCUCAAUACAUACAGGAUCGUCGCAACCAGUUUGAUAAGAAUCGUGAAACUUUACGUGAAGGCGGCCUCCGACUACCACCAGAUUAUUCGGAUGUCUACUUUUCGGAUGAUGAAAAGCUAGCCGAGUUAGAAGAGAAACCUCAAUUCGACGAGAGGAGUGGUAUCAAACCAUGUCGCCCAUACAAAGAUGUGGUUCUAGAACAUUCAGCUGGUAUUAUCCCAGCCUCUAUUGCACAAUACCUCCGAGACUAUCAAAUUGAAGGAGUCAAGUUCCUUCACUACCUCUUUGUCUAUCAAAAGGGUGGAAUCCUUGGAGAUGAUAUGGGCUUGGGUAAAACCGUCCAAGUUGCUGCGUUCCUUACCGUCAUGUUCGGUAAGACUGGAGAUCGUCGUGAUGCGAAAAGGAUGAGGAAAUUCCGACGAACUAAAGACGAUUGGUAUCCUCGCGUCUUGAUCAUUUGCCCUGGUUCAUUAAUCCAAAAUUGGAAGAACGAACUGGAUAGGUGGGGUUGGUGGGAAGCUGACUUGUACCACGGCGCCAAUAGGGACGAUAUUCUAGGCGCUGCACGAGCAGGAAGGCUUGAAAUCAUGAUCACCACAUAUACUACUUACAAAAACAGCCGUGAUCAAGUCAACAGAGUACCCUGGGAUGUUGUCGUGGCGGACGAAUGCCAUUCAAUCAAGGAUAUCGCAGCCGGAAUUACACAGGCGAUGAAUCAGGUCAACUCCCUUUGUAGGAUUGGCCUGACCGGAACAGCGAUCCAGAACAAAUAUGAAGAACUCUGGGCAUUGCUGAACUGGACGAACCCCGGGCAGUUUGGAACACUAGGGGAAUGGAGGGAUACGAUCUGUAAGCCACUGACUAUCGGUCAAUCGCAUGAUGCUACUAUUCCCCAGUUAAGCGAGGCCCGAAAGACUGCGAAGAAACUUCGCUUCAAUCUCCUUCCUCGGUUCUUCUUGCGUCGAAUGAAGAGUCUGAUCGCCCACCAGCUACCGAAAAAGAGCGACAGGGUUGUGUUCUGUCCACUUUCUGAUCUACAGCGCGAAGCAUAUGAAAAGAUUCUCAGUAGUGAGGUUGUCGAGUUCGUCCGGUCCGCCUUCGAUUAUUGCCCAUGUGGAUCGGGUAAAAAGCGAGGAUGGUGUUGUUUCAAAGUAAAUGCGGACGGGGAAUCGUGGAAAUCACAGGUGUUCCCCAUCAUAAUAUCACUGCAGAAGCUAUCAAAUCAUUUUAACCUCAUUAUCCCGCAAAAUUCGGAUAUGCCAGACAAACACAGACGAGAACUCCGAUUCCUUCAAGCUGCGAUGCCAGAUACGUGGAGCGAACAUUAUGCCAGCCGAGACUCUCUACUCAAUUUAGCUAAUCCAGAAUAUUGUGGGAAGUGGAAAGUCUUGAGUAAGCUCCUGAAGUUCUGGUACGCUAAUGGUGAUAAAGUCCUGGUCUUCUCACACAGCGUUCGGUUACUGAAGAUCCUGCAACACUUAUUCAACAACACAAGUUAUACAUUUAGCUAUCUAGAUGGUUCGCUAAGCUACGAAGAGCGUCAACAAGUAGUCGACGACUUCAAUUCAGACCCCAAUCAGUUCGUGUUCCUAAUCUCAACCAAAGCCGGUGGUGUUGGUCUCAACAUCACAUCAGCCAAUAAAGUUGUGGUCAUGGAUCCGCAUUGGAAUCCAUCUUAUGAUCUUCAAGCACAAGAUCGCGCCUAUCGAAUUGGUCAAGUCCGCGAUGUCGAGGUAUAUCGUCUCGUUUCGACAGGUACCAUUGAAGAAAUCACCUAUGCAAGGCAAAUUUAUAAGCAGCAACAAGCAAAUAUUGGGUACAACGCUUCUAACGAACGUCGCUAUUUCAGAGGGGUUCAGCAGGAUUCUGAACGCAAAGGAGAGAUUUUUGGACUCCAGAAUCUACUGACCUACCACGGCGAUCAAGUCGUUCUUCGUGACAUCGUUAACAAAACGAAUAUCGCUGAAGCUAAAGCAGGCGUUAAACUGAUAGACAUCGAUAUGGAUAAGGCAGCUAAAGAUGCUGAAGAUGACCAAUUCAUCAAGAGGGAAGGCAGCGCUGAUGAUGACGAAACGGGUGGCCUUAAACUACUAUCUACGCUUCUCACUAAGGACGAGAAUAAAGACGGCAUCUUGAAAUCGGCCGGUGCGCGGAAAGUCACCCAUAUCGAUCCUAUUCAAGCAAUCCUUGCUUCCGAAGGAGUUGAGUAUACGCACGAGAACUCGGAGGUUGUUGGCACAUCGAAAGUUGAGGAUGAGCUAUCACGACAAGCGGAAUUAGCCGCGAGUCAAGACUACGACCCGGCGGCUCGUGCUCUAUUCUUCAAUAGCCAAGCCCCUUCAGCCGAGGGCAGUGCUAACGUUUCGGUCGAGUACGAAUAUAAUCCUCCGGUAGAUGUCCGGCAACGGCAAUUCUGCACGAUGGCGAAGACCUUCGGAUUCCCCGGCGUGACGGAGUUCGCCUUGGCGGUCGAAAGUAUGACCCAAGAAGAGCGAAGGAACUGCCUGGAGCUCUUCUACAGGAAACGUACCGAGAAAUUAAAACAACUAGAUGAAGUCACCGAGUCUGAUGUUAGCUCGAAAGUAGAGGAGGAUACGAAAGAGGAUAUUAAGAUGGUGGAUGUCAAAGUCGAAAAUACUAAAGAUGCAUCAACUGAGACCGAGGGUGAUACAGACAAUGAAGAUGUUAAGAUGGAGGAGACUAAGCCUAGCACACCAGCUAUAAAACCGGAAACAAAGGUUCAGUCUCCUGCUAUUCGGGAUUUGAAGAAGAUUAAGAACGAAAGCUCGCCGACAACGUCGAAAAGAGCGUCUUUGAGUAUCUGGCUGUCCGACGACGAAGGGGACGAGCUAUGAGUUUUCUUGUUUAUGAUACCUUGAGCCGUAUUGAAGAUCUGGAAGUCUACAGGUUACAUACGGAAGGCAAUGCAGUGCAUACUUGGCUAGGUGUUUAUGUGGCAGGAUGGAUGGAAUUAGGAAACGUCGUCCAUGUGCUAAUAUUACUAUAUUGCACUGUGGUUCAAUCUAUCCCAUAUGUUACACAACCCGCAUCCGGUGCUUGCCGUAGCACGCGGAAAUUACUUACAUAAGCGAGGCAGGGGAUAUUUUGUCUUACGGUCCAACACAAUGGCAUUAGCACAUGGAGUACCUCUCCUGGCUGGGUUUACGCAAUUCAGGUUAUAGC